GUAGACGUGCUACGCCGUGACGUCAGAGCAAGAUGGCGGCGCCCUGAAGACGCUCUCUCGAGCCCAGAGGAUUGGGCCUCCGUCCUGUCAGCUGCAGAGGCAGACGCUGCCAUUCUCCAGCCAUGUUCUCCUUCCGAGGCUGUGGUCGCUGGGUCGCGGCUUCCCUCACCAAACAGCACCCUCCGUCGGCCCGGCUCAGCGGGGAGAACGCCGCGCCCGGGACGCCGCGCUUCGACGUGGUCGUCGUCGGCGGAGGACAUGCCGGGGCCGAGGCAGCCGCCGCUGCCGCCCGGUGCGGCUCCCGGACCCUGCUGCUCACGCACCGCGCGGACGCCAUCGGUCAGAUGUCCUGUAAUCCUUCCUUUGGCGGCAUCGGAAAGGGCCAUUUAAUGAGGGAAGUAGAUGCCUUGGAUGGCCUGUGUUGUCGAAUCUGUGACCAGUCUGGUGUACAUUACAAAGUAUUAAACCGGCGUAAGGGACCAGCUGUUUGGGGUCUGAGAGCUCAAAUUGAUAGGAAACUCUAUAAGCAGAACAUGCAGAAAGAAAUCCUAAACACGCCACUGCUUACUGUUCAGGAGGGAGCUGUAGAAGAUCUUAUUCUUACAGAGCCAGAGCCUGAGCACACUGGGAAAUGCCGUGUCCAUGGUGUUGUUUUGGUGGAUGGAAGCACAGUGUUUGCGGAGAGUGUGAUUCUGACUACUGGGACCUUUCUGAGAGGCGUGAUGGUCAUUGGAUUGGAGAUGCACCCGGCAGGACGCCUAGGGGAUCAGCCUUCCAUAGGGUUGGCUCAGACUCUGGAGAGGUUGGGGUUUGUGGUGGGAAGACUGAAGACCGGGACUCCACCCCGAAUUGCCAAAGAGUCCAUUAAUUUCAGCAUUCUAAACAAGCAGACACCAGAUAAUCCACCCACACCGUUCAGCUUUAUCCAUGAGACAGUGUGGAUUAAGCCAGAAGAUCAGCUGCCGUGUUACUUGACUCACACCAACCCUAGAGUGGAUGAGAUUGUCCUUCAGAACCUUCACCUUAAUAGUCACGUUAAGGAAACUACAAGAGGACCCCGAUACUGUCCCUCCAUUGAAUCAAAGGUUUUGCGUUUUCCAAACCGUCUGCAUCAGGUUUGGUUGGAACCUGAAGGAUUGGAUUCUGGCCUCAUCUACCCACAAGGGUUAUCUGUGACGCUACCAGCUGAACUACAAGAGAAGAUGAUCACAUGCAUCAGAGGCUUGGAGAAAGCUAAAAUGGUGCAGCCAGGCUAUGGUGUUCAAUAUGAUUACUUAGACCCCCGUCAGAUCACUCCUUCUCUUGAGACACAUUUGGUGCAACGGCUCUUCUUUGCUGGACAGAUAAAUGGCACUACUGGUUACGAGGAAGCUGCAGCUCAAGGUGUGAUAGCUGGAAUCAAUGCAAGUCUUCGGGUCAGACGCCAGCCUCCUUUUAUCAUUAGCCGAACAGAAGGCUACAUAGGAGUCUUGAUUGAUGACCUCACCACACUGGGCACCAAUGAACCAUACCGUAUGUUCACCAGCCGAGCUGAGUUCCGUUUGUCACUGCGCCCCGAUAAUGCUGACAGCAGGCUCACAUUCCGAGGGUAUAAGGAAGCUGGCUGUGUGUCCCAACAAAGAUAUGAAAGAGCUUCUUGGAUGAAGUCUUCUUUAGAAGAAGGCAUUUCUGUGCUAAAAUCCAUUGAGUUUUCAAGUUCUAAAUGGAAAAAGUUAAUUCCAGAGGCUUCAAUAAGUGUUAGUAAAAGUCUGCCUCUCAGAGCUCUGGAUGUUCUGAAGUAUGAGGAAGUUGACAUGGAGGUGCUGGCCAAGGCUAUUCCAGAGCCCUUGAAGAAGUACACUGAAUGUAGAGAGCUAGCUAAAAGACUGAAAAUAGAAGCCACUUAUGAAUCAGUAUUAUUCCAUCAGCAACAAGAAAUAAAGGAAGUUCAGCGAAAUGAAGCUCUCCAACUGCCAGAAGACCUAGAUUAUUUGACUCUCAGGGAUGUGUCUCUGUCCUAUGAAGUUCGAGAAAAGCUACAGUUCAGUCGCCCACUGACGAUUGGGGCUGCGAGUCGUAUUCCAGGAGUGACACCUGCUGCUCUCAUCAAUCUGCUCAGAUUUGUGAAGACCACUCAGCAAAAACAGGCAGCUGUGAAUGAAUUGUCCAGAACUGAUCAGUGCUUAUGUGAUACAGACAAACUUGAAGAGAGACAGUAAUAGCUUUCUAUUCAUAGAAGACUUUUAGUCAAUACAAGAGUAUAGAUAGGAGAUAAGUAUUUAUAUUUAGCACCCAUUAAAAUAACCUUAUUAGGUUACUGUGGGUUUGUCAUGAAUUUAUGAAGAGGACAGAGAUUAUAAUUGUGCUUUUUUGUGUAUCUGAAAAAAUAGUUAUAAACUCUUACUUCAUACUCUUUCUCAGGUGCUCUAAUACAGCGAGCCUAUUUAUAUGACUUUGUAAAGUGUUCAUCAAAGAGAGAUAUAGUGGCCGUAAAACUAAACCUGAAAAAAAAAAUCUCAGCUUGCAGAUUUGCCUGUUCAUAAGGACUUUGUCCACUAAAUGUACCAAAUUAAAAGUUGUAUCUUUCAACUCGUUUUGAAAGUUAGGUGUCUUCUGCUUGGUUCUGCUAGGUUAGGAGGCAGUUUCACAGCCCUCAAAUUCUUAGGGCUAAAAAUCUGAGACUAUACAAAAUCAUCCAGAAUUAUUCAUCAGUGCAGACUUUCUAAUACUGAUUUCCAAUAUUAGAAAGUAGUAUGUAGGAUGAAAGUUGACUUCUAAGAUUUCUGCAGGAAAUCCUCAUCAAUAAGUGUCUUUGGACAUUAAUGAAAACUCUAUAAAAUCAAUAGAUUGGAAAUCAUACUUUCCUAUCAUCUAUAAUGUGGAAAACUUUUUGGUACCCUUGUUAAGAGAGAAUAAAGGUUGUUACUUUAUAUCAUACAA